AAACUAUAAAAAUAAAAAAGUGUUUCUGAAUAUAAGUAAAAUAAAAUUGUGGUGAAAUUGUGCAACCAGUGGAUUUAAAAAUGGAUUCAAAAUUAUUUUUGCGUGCGAAUGAGACGUAUGAUGAUUUUUUCAACCGUUGCAAUAAUUUGUCUCAUUUCGACUGCAGUGAGGAAGAAAUGCUUUGGUGGCUCAUGGGGUCCAGACGAUUACCUUUAAAAGAAAUUGUCCCGAUCAGUGUGAUAUUGGUGGUCAUAUUUUUAACCGGUGUGGUGGGCAAUGCGUGCGUUUGUGUGGUCAUCGUUAAACACCCCGGAUUGCAUACCGCGACCAAUUAUUAUUUAUUUAGUUUGGCUGUCAGCGAUUUAUUGCUGCUUUUGUUUGGUCUUCCAAACGACUUGUCAGUAUAUUGGCAUCAAUACCCGUACAGUCUUGGUCUUGUUUUCUGCAAACUACGAGCGCUCAUAUCAGAGGCGGCCACCUACGUAUCAGUGCUGACUAUAUCCGCGUUCUCGUUGGAGAGAUACCUGGCUAUAUGUCACCCUCUUCACUUGUACACGAUGGCUGGCCUCACCAGGGCAUCCCGGAUCAUUCUGAUACUCUGGAUCAUCUCCAUCGUCUGCGCUACGCCGUUUGCUGUUUACUCCGAUAUAAGCUACAGGGACUAUCCACCAAAUUCUGGCAACAUGUCGUUGGAUUCGGCGUUCUGUGCACUAAUGGCUCCCUCACCCCUUUUGGAGCUAAGCAGUAUUUUCUUCUUCUUCGUCCCGGCUGUUCUUAUCCUCUGCCUUUAUGCGAGGAUGGGAUACCAUAUAAGAUCUACGCGUGUCACCGAAAAGACCAAGAUUGGCUUACUUAAUGGCCAUGUUCACGGGGAGACACGACAGGCGAAAUCCAGGAAGGCUAUUAUCAGGAUGCUAGCUGCAGUAGUAAUCGCGUUCUUCGUGUGCUGGGUGCCAUUCCACGUCCAACGCCUGUUCUUCAUCUACGGGUACGAUUUGCCGCAGUUCCAUGUCAUCAAUGAACACCUAUUUAACAUCGCUGGUGCUCUGUACUACGUGUCAGCGACUGUCAAUCCUAUACUCUACAAUGUUAUGAGUGGCAGGUGA